UCAGCUCCGGGCCUGGCUGCGCAGCAGAGGCGGCGCCUCUCCCGCAGGACAGAGCUGGCCGCGCUAAGCGGGUCGGGCGAAGGCAGACGAGGGACUCCUGGCUCCCAUCCCCGGCAGUGACUGACGGCCGCUCUGGACCAGCGUGGUCCCCGUGUGCACAUACGCACACGCCGCGGCGCAGGAACACACAGACCCAGCUGCCCGCGGCCACAAGCACUCAGAGACCAGGCUCAGCGCGCGCUCCGCGGCUCACUCGCUCUAGCCAGUGCAGCUCCGGGCGGGCACGGAUUCGCGGGCUACACGCCCUCCUGCCCUCCUGCACCUUCCGUCCCGGCACCCUGCAGCCGGCACGACCCUGGGACCAGCAGCCUGUGGACAGUGGUGCUGAUUCUCCACUGCUGGGAGCAGCAGCCAGAGCCGAGGCCCGGCCAGAAGCACCAUGGCCAGAGCCCUGCGGUGCUCCCUGACUGCUCUCCUCCUCCUGCCUGUGGUGAUUGCCAUGCACUCUGAUUGCAUCUUCAAGAAGGAGCAAGCCAUGUGCCUGGAGAGGAUCCAGAGGGCCAAUGACCUGAUGGGCCUAAAUGAGUCUUCCCCAGGUUGUCCUGGCAUGUGGGACAAUAUCACAUGCUGGAAGCCUGCUCAAAUAGGCGAGAUGGUCCUUGUAAGCUGCCCUGAUGUCUUCCGGAUCUUCAACCCAGACCAAGUCUGGAUGACAGAAACCAUAGGGGAUUCUGGUUUUGCUGAUAGCAAUUCCUUGGAAAUCACAGACAUGGGGGUCGUGGGCCGGAACUGCACAGAGGAUGGCUGGUCAGAACCCUUUCCCCAUUACUUCGAUGCUUGUGGGUUUGAUGACUAUGAGCCCGAGUCUGGGGAUCAGGAUUAUUACUACCUGUCGGUGAAGGCCCUCUACACAGUCGGCUACAGCACGUCCCUUGUCACCCUCACCACUGCCAUGGUCAUCUUGUGCCGCUUCCGGAAACUACACUGCACCCGCAACUUCAUCCACAUGAACCUGUUCGUGUCCUUCAUGUUGAGAGCCAUCUCUGUCUUCAUCAAAGACUGGAUUUUGUAUGCCGAGCAGGACAGCAGUCACUGCUUCGUCUCCACCGUGGAAUGCAAAGCUGUCAUGGUUUUCUUCCACUACUGCGUGGUGUCCAACUACUUCUGGCUGUUCAUUGAAGGCCUGUACCUCUUCACACUGCUAGUGGAGACCUUCUUCCCCGAGAGAAGAUACUUCUACUGGUACACCAUUAUUGGCUGGGGGACCCCUACUGUGUGUGUGACUGUGUGGGCUGUGCUGAGGCUCUACUUCGAUGAUGCAGGCUGCUGGGAUAUGAACGACAGCACGGCCCUGUGGUGGGUCAUCAAAGGCCCUGUGGUUGGUUCUAUAAUGGUGAACUUUGUGCUUUUCAUCGGCAUCAUCAUCAUCCUGGUACAGAAGCUGCAGUCCCCAGACAUGGGAGGCAAUGAGUCCAGCAUCUACUUAACAAAUUUAAGACUGAGAGUCCCCAAGAAAGCCCGAGAGGACCCCCUGCCUGUGCCCUCAGACCAGCAUUCACCCCCUUUCCUCAGCUGCGUGCAGAAAUGCUACUGCAAGCCACAGCGGGCUCAGCAGCACUCUUGCAAGAUGUCAGAACUAUCCACCAUUACUCUACGGCUGGCUCGCUCCACCCUGCUGCUCAUCCCACUGUUUGGAAUCCACUACACAGUAUUCGCCUUCUCUCCAGAGAACGUCAGCAAGAGGGAAAGACUCGUGUUUGAGCUUGGGCUGGGCUCCUUUCAGGGCUUCGUGGUGGCCAUACUCUACUGCUUCUUGAAUGGGGAGGUACAGGCAGAGAUUAAGAGGAAGUGGAGGAGCUGGAAGGUGAACCGUUACUUCACUAUGGACUUCAAGCACCGGCACCCAUCCCUGGCCAGCAGUGGAGUGAAUGGAGGGACCCAGCUGUCCAUUCUGAGCAAGAGCAGCUCCCAGCUCCGCAUGUCCAGUCUCCCAGCUGACAACUUGGCCACCUGAGCCCUGUCUCCCUUCUGUACAGGCUAGGGCUGCAGGCCGGUGCCUGCGCUUGUUUGUGCCUCUUCCCUCUCCUUGGGCAGGCCCUGGGUAGGAAGCUGGACUCCUCCCCAAGGGGGGAAGAGAGAGAUAGGGUGUAGGCUGAUAUUGCUCCUCCUGUUUGGUCCCACCUACUGCAGUUCAUUGAGCCCAAUCUGACAUGUAAAUACACCUCAAAUUUGGAAAAUUGCCCCAUCUCUCCCCCCAAUCCAUGCCCCUGCUCAUCUCUGCCAGGUUCCAGCUUGACCUACUGUGUCAAGCCCAGCCUCAGUGAUGGCCUGAUCCCAGGUACAAGGCCUUGUGAGCUGAGGCUGAAACAUGCCUGUCUUGUUGAGGCUGGGGUAGUGCCUACCCCAGAAGCUUUUCACUAAAUUGACUUUGGAUGUGGGCCCCUUCUCAGCCUGUUCCGAGUCCUGAAGCUGGCCAGAGAUGCAGCGCAGUAGCCAGAACCUUCUUUGAAGUGAGUCAAGCUGAGACUCCUUUUGCUUACCCGACAUCUAGGAUAUCCGGAUGCUUAGCUCCCGUGUGCCUGGAUGAUGGGAGAGCUACAGGGCUCUUUCAAAGGUUGGGGUGGGGGAGAGUUCUGGUGCUUUUCAUUUGAUCUAAGAGCUGAGAGCUAGAGAUGCAGAUGCAUUUGGGAAAGAGAUGAGCUAGCUGAAGUUCUUACCAUGUCCACGGCUGUACCCUGACUCAAGACUUGAUCAUGUGGUAGCUUUAUUUCUACCCUUCUUGCCCACAAUGAACGGUCGGAAGAAGCCGUUCUCCAGCCAUGCCAACCACAGGGAGCCCCUAGCUCUCUCCUCUCUCAAUUUCCCCUGAAGUCAAAGCCAUGUCUAGAAUGAGCCAGCCACCUUGCAGUGAUAUCAACGAGUUCUGAAGCAACUUUCAAUUUCCAGGGCUCCCCACAGCCCUGCCUUUCCUGAUGACAAUAACGGUAGAUGCCGCCCCCAGCCUGGACUCCAUUACUAAACUCAGAUGUCGGCAAGACUUCCCCCAUGUGCCCUUGACAUUUGAAUCGCCUGUGGGCCUCUUAGGGUGCUUGGAGGGGAUGCUGUGUCUGUGGUGUGCAUGAGCAGAAGCUGCUGAUGGGAGGAGUGGUUCUGGCUCCCCAGCUGUAUGUUGCAUAGCCAUAACCUAAGGCUUUAAAAUAAGGCCAGAUGUGGAAAGACAGAGGGGAGAAUGUAGUGCCAUAGGACCAUGUGGCUCAGCUCUUUCCACGUGGAUGCUUGUUUUUGUCCCUGCCUCUGUGGACUUGUUUGUGGCCAUGCUGUGGAACGCAUGGGGAGCAUGGGAAACCUCUUUGCUUGCUGUUGUAUUAAGUAGAAGGAGUGAUGGAAGAUUUGAGACCGCGCUGCUGGAGGGGCUGUUAGAAAGCCUGGAGAAGGUUCUAGAUGAUAUGAUGUAAAGAUGAGCUCUGUGUUCUUGACCAGUGAGUUCAGGUUUUGGGUCUCCGGUAAAUCCAGAAGGGAAAAGCACCUCCUUGCUCCUUCCCAGAAACAUUAGGGGCUUGGACCAGCCACUGGGUGUACAUUGACCCUUUACCCUGCACCUUAUCCCCCUUCUAAUCCCCUCUCCGGUUCUGAGAGCAAGGUUAUCAGCUACACAAGAGUCAGUUGAUCACGCUGCACUUUGGACACGGCUAGGGAGCUUGAGCUAUUUAGAAGAAGCCACGGUUUGGGAUUUCCACUGGUUUAGAACGUUGUGGCUGUGAGCACGUCUGUGCUGUGCUAGACCUAAGCAUCCUUGGUUGCGAAAUGAGUUUUUUUUUUUUUUUUU